AUGAAGCAGGCUGCUUGUCUGUUUGAAGAGAUAUCAGGGCUGAGGGUCAGGGAGAGUCACACCCAGGAGACAGAGAGUGAGGAAGAACAACAACAAGCAUUCCCUUAUUUGUUGAGAGUAAGGACCAACAGAACACCCAACCAUUUACCAGUAGAGAACGCUAGAGGCCGAGCCAGACCCAAACCAAAACCAAGUAGGAGCGAACCCACCAACAACGACUCUCCCGGCCCAUCCCGAGCCAAGAACCCACGCAUGAGGCCCAACAUGAUCAAACUGAAGUCCAGAGAGAGAGCCAAAGCCAAGGACAUGGGGGAGGAAUCGCUCCUGAGCCGACGCAGAAGUCGAAGUAGCUUUGAGUCUCUCUUCACACUGGGGAGCAUGCUGGGUAAAGGAGGAUGUGGGGCGGUCUACGCCGCCAUGCGCAAAAGUGACGGCCAACAGCCCGGAGAGAGGAGUGCCUUGCCCCUGGAGGUGGCCCUGAUGCAGAUCGUCUCGCGGCCCCCGUCCUGCUGCUACGUGCUGGGCCUGCUGGACUGGUUCGAGGAGGGCGAGCGUUUCAUCCUGGUGCUGGAGAGACCCUAUCCGUGCAUGGACCUGUUUGAUUUCAUCGAGGAGCUGGGAGGCCGGGUGGACGAGUGUCUGGCCAGGAUCAUCAUGAUACAGGUGGUACUGGCUGUUCGGCAUUGCCGCGACCGAGGGGUCCUGCACCGAGACGUCAAGGCUGAGAACCUGCUGGUGCAGACGGACAACCUGCGGGUUAAGCUCAUCGACUUUGGCUGCGGAGACCUUCUGAGAGAAUCCUCCUACAGAGACUACUCAGGCACAGAGGAGUACUGUCCUCCAGAGUGGGUGCUGAGUGGUGUGUACCAGGGCCGCCACGCCACCAUCUGGUCACUGGGGGUACUGCUCUAUGGCCUGGUGUGCGGCCGUCUGCCCUUCAACAAGGAGGCUGAUAUCAUUGCUGGGCGCCUGCGCUUCAAAAAGGGCCUGACUAAAGAGUGUAAGGAGUUGAUCAACUGCUGUCUGCAGCAGGAUCCCACCAAGAGGCCUGUUCUAGAGCAGAUCCUUCUUCAUGACUGGAUGGCAGACGGACUGGUGAUCUAGGACGAACUUUAUGAGACUGGGUGAUCUACCACCUGGGUCAGCUGUGGUCGGCUCGCAGGUUACCAUGACAACAACGAUCAGGGAAGAAACGCAAAAUGAACCUUUGCUAGAUACCAGUAUAUGAAU